GUCUAACAAAACAGUUCAGUUCGAUUAAUUGAGUUUCACAUGUCCACCGAUCCUUUACAGCAAUUUUCUGCCCAAACCUCCGUCUUUGUUCACACGACAAAAUGUCCAUGUCUUCGGUCUCCAGGAAUGUGCUUCGUUGCGUGGCAAAGCGACAAUGCCGCAGCUUCAGCUCCACACCGUCUGUCGGAGCAGCUGCCGAGGUCAAGAAGCUUGGGGUUAUCGGUGCGGGACAAAUGGGACUCGGAAUAGCUUUGGUAGCCGCGCAAAGAGCGUCUCUUCCCGUCAAGUUGAUCGACAAUUCACAAGUAUCAAUCGACAAGGGCCUCAAAUUUGCAGAUAAACUACUUGAGAAGGACGUGGCCAAGCAAAGAAUCUCUAAAGAGGAUGCCGCUGCUGCUUGGGGACGCAUCACCUCCGGCACAUCUCUGGAAGACCUUUCCGAUGUCGACUUUGUAAUCGAGGCUGUUCCCGAAAUCCCAGACUUGAAGUCAAAGAUCUUUUCCCAAUUGGCUCAAAUAUGCCCCUCUCAUGCGAUCCUCGCAACGAACACUUCCUCGAUUUCCAUUACCAAGAUCGCCGCAUCCACCACCACAGAUCCUACUGAUUUGUCCGCCUCGUCUCGCGUAAUCAGCACGCAUUUCAUGAACCCCGUGCCCAUCCAGAAGGGUGUGGAGAUUAUCACUGGCCUGCAAACAUCUCAGGACACCAUCGACACCGCCAUUGAGCUCUGCAAGAAGAUGGGCAAGAUCCCUUCAACAAGCGCGGAUUCACCCGGAUUCCUGGCCAACCGUAUUCUCAUGCCAUACAUCAACGAGGCUAUCAUCUGCUUAGAGACCGGCGUAGGCACCAGGGAAGAUAUUGAUAGCAUCAUGAAGAACGGAACAAAUGUCCCUAUGGGCCCUCUUCAACUUGCCGACUUCAUCGGCAUCGACACCUGCCUCUCCAUCAUGAAGGUUUUGUACAAUGACACUGGCGACUCGAAGUACAGGCCUGCUGUGCUCUUGAAGAAGAUGGUGGAUGCAGGGUGGCUGGGCAAGAAGAGUGGUAAGGGCUUUUACGACUACUAGAGUCAAAACAUAAUAUAUCAAAACUUC